GGGUUCACCAACGUUUUUGAAACUGAGAGCUACUUUUUGAGUUCUGAUCAUGCAAAAGGCUAUGGCCACCGAUUUCAUACACACUCCUGAAAAAACAAAUUCACUCAAAUUAUUUUGGGGGAAAUAUUCUCAUCGUCAUUGCGCCAGCUAACUUCUCUCCACAAAUGCUAUGGUUUGUUUAUUCACCACAGUACUGACCUUUGGGCUAUGCAGUACAAAAGAUAUACUUUUUAAAUCAUUGUUUACCAAUUUACACCAAUCUAAUGUCCCCAAGACUACUGAAGUGGUCCUAGGGGGACACCUAGUGCCGGUGGGCACCCGGAUUAGAAUAUCAGGCAGACCUUUUUCUUCAGACAAAAAAUAGUGAAUAGAUGAGUUUUCCAACAAAUAACCGAGGAUAGACUUGGGAAAAAAAUGUUGUUGCUGUUUUUUAUCCAUAUCUGUAAUGACAUUUCCAAUGCUUUCAAUACGAAAUGUGUUCUGAGACCCACGCGCGGUAGCGGAAUGACUUCAACACGCAUCUCGGGGCGGCACGACUCCUAUUGCACGUCAAUGGCAGGUGGACCUAAUGAAGUGGUCGGUGCGUGUUUAUUUUUCUUCCCGGGUGCGUUGUGAGGGGCGGGCAUUGUUCUCGCUAUCGGGGCGGGAGAAAGCAACGUUAGCUUCGGGAGUAGUCAAGUAGGACGAGUGGUACCGAGGAUGGGGAGGCCACGACAUCUAUAGAAGCGACGAGCUCAUCACAUGCUUUCCCGGUGCCGGUUCAGUGCCACUUUGGCGGCGGCGAUGUUUGCGGAAAAGCGGGAGGAGCUCGAGGAGGAAGAGGAGGAGGAAGACUAGACUGUCUGGCAGACAGGUGCGCCUCCGCCUCCUCCUCCUCCUCCACCACCACAGUAGAGCGAGUGUUCCUCCUGUCAGGUGCAGGCAGCAGCAGCAACAGCAGCCAUGGAUUCCCGCAAGGAGAAGGCGCGCAAGCCCACGAAAGCCAAAACGACCAACCGGAAAGAGAAGAAGCACCGGAGCGGCAUGUUCACCCGGCGAAGGUCUCUUCGUUCUCUCAGUCAAUUCAUGGGCAGGAUUCUGAAAACUUUGAGCACUUUGGCGCACUUCGGCGAGGGACGGCCGCCGGAGCCCGGGGAGGAAGACGAUGACGGCGGCUUCGGUCGAAGCGACACCGGCGGCUUUAAAGACGAAGACGCUGCGGGCGUUUCGAAGGAGGGUGCCGUGAAGAAGAGCUCCACGCUGUCGUCCCACGGCUCGGUCAAGGAGCGACUGUCGUGGUGCUACGGCGACAAGACGCCCGGCGCUCUGGGGCUCAAAAACCACGGGAACACCUGCUUCAUGAACGCCGUGGUGCAGUGCCUCAGCAACACCGAUCUGCUGGCCGAGUACCUCGGGCUGGAGAAGUACAAAACGGACGCGUUGGCCCGGCGGGUGAACGGCGAGGCCGCCAGGGGGGAGGUGACCGAGCAGCUGGCGUCGCUUGUUCGAGCCCUGUGGACGCUGGAGUACACGCCGCAGCUCUCUGUGGACUUCAAGAGCAUUGUAGCCAAAUAUGGCUCUCAGUUUCGGGGCAACUCGCAACACGACGCCCUGGAGUUUCUCCUCUGGCUUUUGGACAGAGUUCACGAAGAUGCCAAAAACCCAAACAACAACAACAGUAGCAGCAGCAGCAGUAGCAAAAACACCAAAGCCACCGUCAAGGGGCCCAGCUCACUGGAGGACCUGACCAGCACGCAGCAGCCCAGAGGCCGCCACAGUUUUGUCCAGGAACACUUCCAGGCCCAGUACAGGUCAUCUCUGACUUGCCCUCAUUGCCUUAAGCAGAGCAACACCUUCGACCCCUUUUUAUGCAUCUCCCUGCCCAUCCCUCUGCGACAAACCAGGCCAAUGUGUGUGACGUUGGUAUUCAGUACCAAGACUCAGCGGUAUCUCCGAGUGGGUCUUGCUGUGCCUCUCUUCGGUUCAUUGUCCAGCUUGAGAGCCAUGGUAGCAGAGGAAGGGGGCAUCUCUGCAGACCAGGUCAUCCUGGCUGAGUUGUACUCGACAGGAUUCCAGAGGUCCUUCUCAGAUGACGACGACCUGACAGCCAUCGCUGAUAGUGAUGUCAUCUACGCCUUUCAAGCGCCGCCUUUGCAUGGUUGUGGAGGCUCUGCGCCGCACUCAGGGUAUCACCACAGCCUCCCCAAUUCCCCGUACAGCUCUUCGGCUGCGAAGUUGCCAUCAUCUGGCACGUUAUCCACCGAAUACCUGAACCAGGGCGGCUCCUCCAAGGUUCUGCUCCUCAUCUGCAACACGUCCGGAUGUGCUCAGCAGGCAGUCAGGUUUGGUCCGCCAUUUCUUAUGCUGGAAGACAGGAGCAUCUCUUGGGAGCAGCUACAGCAGAGGAUACUCACCAAGCUCUAUUAUCUGAUGCUGAACAGAUCUCAGGCUCAGAACACCAGGGCGCUGUUUAAGAUCAGAGUGGUGGGAGGCUCGGCAUCUUAUAGCUAUCUUUCACCUCAAGACAGCAGACCGCUGCACCACCCUGCUGUUGAGAGAGCACUGAAAUUUUGUGGCCCCGGGGGACCUCCACAUGUGAAGGUUGUCAUCGAGUGGGAUUACAAGCUUAAAGACUGUGUGUUUGGCAGCAUCCAGGAGGAAGUGGUUCAAGACGCCGAAAGUGUGCGGAACCAGCAGCAGCAGCACCUUCAGCAACAUAGCUGCACUCUGGACCAGUGUUUCCAGCUGUAUACCAAAGAAGAGCAGCUGGCCCCGGAUGACGCCUGGAAGUGCCCCCACUGCAAGCAACUGCAGCAGGGCAUGGUCAAGAUGAGCUUGUGGACGCUGCCGGACAUCCUUAUCCUUCACCUCAAGCGCUUCCGACAGGUAGGCGAGCGCAGGAACAAGCUUUCAUCACUGGUGCAUUUCCCGCUAACUGCCUUGGACAUGGCCCCCCAUGUUGUUAAGAGGAGCCAGAGUAUGCGUAACCUGAAUAGCGGGCCGUGGCCCGCAGCCUGGUCAAAGUCCGCAGGCCAACACCACCCGCCUGCAGACAUGACCCUGCCACAUGAGUACCUGUAUGAUCUCUAUGCCGUGUGCAAUCACCAUGGAGGAAUGCACGGGGGACACUACACUGCCUAUUGCCGGAACUCAGUGGACGGUGUGUGGUACAGCUAUGAUGACAGCAGUGUGGACCUGGUCCCUGAGGAGGAAAUCUGCACCAGAGGGGCCUAUAUUCUCUUCUACCAAAGACGCAACAUCAUUCCUCCGUGGUCGGCCAGCAGCUCCUUCAGAGGCUCAACAAGUUCUUCAGUAUCAGACCAUUGGUUGAUCCGCCUGACAGGAGAGAGCAAAAGAGGCAGCGUGGUGUCACGCACCUCGACCACCUGCCUGUCUUCCGUUCCCGACUCCCCUGACUCUCCCGUAUUCCUGGAAAAUAAAGAGAAAGGAGGGGGCUUUGAAAGUCGACCAUUUGUGAGGGGACUGCAAGGGCGGAGUGUCAGCAUGAGGGCACCCAACAAGACCAAGGACACCCUAAACAAGGUGCUACCCCUGCGUUGGUCGCUUGGUUCUAGAGACCGACGAAAACCCGACCCGGCACCUCCGGACGUUCAAGAUCCAGUAGAGCUGGUCCAAUAUCUGGAGUCGGGCCGACGGCCUCGCUGCACCAAGGACCCGAUAGAGUCGUUAAUGAACGAACCUCGAAGCGCUAAGGAAACGAAUGGAGGCCGGCCUGUAAGAUCCUCCAGUGCGGGGAGGAUCAGUUGCUUGGCUAAAGCGGGAGACGAAUCCAAACAAGUGCCAGAGGGCCAGAGGAGGCCAUCGGAUCAAACGUCCAGCUUAAGACGCCAGAAAGAGAGCCCGCCAAGUGAGGAAGGCAAUAGUAACACUCUAAGCAGGAGAAGAGACUCUAAGAGGCAGAGCUCCUCCAAAAGCCAGCAGGAGAUGAAACAAGCAUCCAGUUCGAGUGUUCAAAGCAGCUCGAGCAUUCUCACCGGCACUCUCAGAAGACAGAAAGACGAGCGGACGGACGGGGAACGCCGUGUCGCAAAUGAGGGAGGUCUCAAGCCCAAGAGCCACGAGGGACUGAUGUCUAUCCUUAAAGGCAACUUCCUGAGGAGGGAAAAGGACUCCCGGAGAUUGAAGGACGGCACGGACGAGGAUGGCGGAAGAAGGACUCUGUCCAGGCCGCCGUUGUCGAACGGAGCGGCCGGAGGUGAGCAGAGGAAGUCUCACGGCAAAGAACUCUCAAACGGGAGAGCGGGGCGGAGCUCGUUGGACAUCAAGCGCUCACAGAGCUCGUCCAGCCUCCCCGCCAGGCCGGAUCAGAGCGCGCGUAGGACGGCGUCGCUGCAUCGCAACGGCACGUCCCCUCCCUCGGCGGAGAUCCGCAGGCCGACCACAGAAAAGACGUCUUAUGGGAGCCUGCCGAGGCCGCGCUACAGCACCACGUCUCUGGGGCGCAAAAAGAACGUUCCAGAGUCCAGCUUCUGACGAGGACGCCGCGAAGGGAUCGCCUGCCCGUCAAGUCAAAGCAAUAGAGCACAAUUGAAGCUCUAACGAAGCUUCAACGCUUGGAUGCAAAGAGCCGAAUGACAUUUUGUGUCCUCUCGGGACUACCGAGACUUCAAACAAGUGCCUCAGCAACUUCUAUGCAGUUUAGACAAUGUGUUGGUCUUUAACCUUUUUGAGCACUGGAAGCACACGACACUGAUAACAGAUCCACUUACCUAGCACAUUUUUGUCUUAUUAUUCUAUUUUUUUUUUUCAGUCCACUUCAUCCUUAAUCUUUAUGAGUGUAAUUUGCUAACAAUCACGACGCACCGAUUGUGUUCAAUGAAAGAGAAUGUACAAUGGCUUUAAUGCUGCUAAUUCACCUCAACUAUUUCACUUGUUCAUUUCUCAAACGCUUUCAUUCUCAAGUCGUUACACAUUCCAUUCCCGACCAAAUAAGGGUUGACGAGCAAUGAGGGCUUUGUUUUGGUAAUUGUGUGUUUAUGUCUUCAAGGGCAACAGUAUUUUUCCUCACCCCUAACCCUCAGCUUUUUUGUAUACUUCUUUGUGGAAUCGCACCUCACUUUAUACAAUGGAAUCUCCAAUGACGACCAUGAAUCCAUUCCGGGACAACUUGUUCUGAUUUGAAAACCAUUUCUUCCGUCGGAUAUGAUGACAAUAGAAAUUGUUCCGGAGGAAAAAGUGUCCGCCAAUCGUAAAACUUGAUUGUAAAAGCAAUGACUGUCCAGGAAAUGUUUUCAAGGAGACAUAUGCAAUAUUCCGCUAUUU